CCUCCCUUUGUUUUUUGUUGAUAACUAGAGGCCACCCUACACCAAACCAAAAACACCAUCACAUUACAAAAGGAAAACGAAUAUCUCUUUCUCUAUACAAACACAUCAACUUCUUCUUUUUCAACCGGUGGUUUCCGAAUGGCGAUUCAAGCUCGAUUGUAUUCGGAUAAUCUUGCGUUCCCAUUCGUCAAUGACGAUGGUGGUGGUGAUGCAAAUCUGUCACAAAGUUUGAUAGAAAACGCGUGUUGUUUCAAUGAUCUUUAUCUUUACAAUCUCCACCAACAACAACAAUAUCAACAAUCACAACCACCUUCUGGAAACCAAGAUUCAUGUUUUGACAACGGGUUUAACAAACCGAUAUCGUUACAAUAUUCUUCAUCCGUGAUGGCGAAUAUUCAAAAACAAAAUCAAGAAAUUGAAGGGAUGAUUAGUUUACAGAAUGAAAGAUUGAGGUUAGCUUUACAAGCACACAAGAAGCAACAACUUUUAACAAUCUUGAAAAACUAUGAAUUAAAAUCCAAACUAUUACUAAGACAAAAAGAUGAAGAGAUCAAACGAGCAACAAACCGAAGAAUCGAGCUAGAAGAGUUCUUAAGAAGAACCGAUAUCGAGCGACAAAAGUGGCAGACAGUGGCCAACGAAACCGAAGCAAUGGUGAUUAAUUUAAACAACGCAAUUGAACAAAUGGUGAGUGAUCAAAACAUGAAGAAAGAUGCUGAAGAUGAAGGGUCUUGUUGCUAUGAAAAUAAUAAUAGUGAAAACAUGAAGACAAACAAGACAAUGAAGAUUUGCAAAAGUUGUUUUAAUGAGGAUUCAUGUGUAGUGAUGCUUCCUUGCAGACAUCUGUGUUCAUGUGAAUCAUGCAAUGUUUUUCUUCACUCAUGUCCAGUCUGCAAAAUGGUAAAGAAAGCUAGCAUACAAGUUUCUCUUUUUGAUUAGUUUGUAAAUUAAAUUAUUUAUUAUUUAUUAUAAUUUUAAUUUUUUAUUUGAUUAUAUUUUUGGGAAAA